AUGGCAGUCAACCGACUUGAGGAUGACUCCUCCUCGGUUCGUGGCGGCGUAAAGAUUGAAGUGAGAGAAUGGGAAUUGGAUGAGAACAGUACAACCUACGACAGGUUAGUCGCUGCACCAUCGGAUGCAACCAUGGAGUCCCAAUGGAUCCUCUUUCUGACCAUAUUGGUGCUGUCGAUAGUCUUGAUGCUCUUUGUCUUUAUCAGCAUGCUCCGUGACAAAAAGACGAGACGAAACUCCUUCAACACCUAUAUUCUGUUUCUAAUGGGGCCGGACAUUUUCUUCAAUUUCUGCUGCAUUUUAUCCUGUGGCUUGAAUGUCCAUCUCGGACGCUAUUUUUCGGUGGACGCGUGUGUUUUUCAGUCCUUGUAUUGCAUUUUUGCUAUCACUUCCUCGGCUUGGAUCAAUGCCAUUGUGGUUUAUCAACUGCAUCGAAUGUUGUGGUGUUCCCGCAAGGCCAUUCGGUACCAUCCACCUACGAGACGUCACGUCGCCAUUCAAUCUUGCGCUGUGUACGUCUAUUCCAUAUUCAUGGCCACCUGGUCCAAUUGGGGCGAAGAUGAAUCGUGGUGGCCCAUUCGCAACAAUGUCUACAGCGGUGUAUUUUGCCUGCCAAUGCCCUUUGACACAGAAAGCACAAUGUUCUUUUACCUAUUGUAUGCUCCAUUGGUCUUUGUGCUGCCAUUGUUGUACAUUUGCUAUGUAGUAGUGGACAUGCUCUACCAUAAUUUGCUGCCGGAUCAGAAUCAACGCAAGACGCUCAUGGUCUUUUUGCGAUUGCUGUUGGUGUAUUUUGUCAUGUGGGUCCCCGCCUUGGGAUUGGUGUUUGUGGGAAGCAAUUACUUGUCGACCUGGUAUGUGGUAAUUGGCGGAGCCUGGGCCCAUCUGCAAGGGGCCGUCUCGGCGGUCAUUUGUUGGUUCAAACCCGAUAUUCAAAGGGCCUGUCAUGAGUUCUUUUGGGAUUGCUGUAAAUAUGUCGAUUGUUGUUAUUGUUGUACCAAUAAACCAAUGUUGCAAAACAAGGAAACGAGCCACCAAGACACGGAAGAGAUGCCCUCCUACUCGUCCCGGGAAGAGCCUGUACUGGAAGACUACGACGGUGUACUGGAAGAUGGCGACGAUGAUUCUGACAUUCAGUACCAAAUUCAAAAAUCUUGUGAACUCUUUUUGGGACUCUCGGAUGACGAGGAUGAUUUGGUUGUGCAAGGUAACAGACAUGAGGAAUCGCCAACGAAGAGAGGUAGAAGUAGGAGAGGCAGUGGGAAGAGUCGAAGUGGGUCACCAUACGAAUCAUCCAUGGGCCUUGAGCCAGAGGAAUGGCAUACAAUUACAUCAGGGGAACUAGUCAUGAUGGAGGGAUCUUUCGCCGAGUCGGUAUGA